CAGACUCGCUGCAGCAUUUAUUAAGUGCUCUGGAAACAGACUGAGUGGCAGUUUGAUAGUGAACUGGACCAAUAAUAACCUGCAAACAUGGUCGAUGCUUUCUGCGGAACAUGGAAACUGGUGGACAGCCAGAACUUUGAUGAUUACAUGAAGGCACUAGGUGUUGGUUUUGCCACAAGACAAGUGGGCAAUGUGACCAAACCGACAGUCGUGAUCAGCCAGGACGGAGACAAGGUGGUGGUGAAAACCCUGAGCACCUUCAGGAACACGGAGAUCGGAGCCAAACUGGGAGAGGAGUUUGACGAGACCACAGCUGAUGACCGACACGUCAAAUCCACCUUCACCAUGGAAGGAGACAAACUGGUGCAAGUGCAGAAAUGGGACGGCAAGGAGACCAAAUUUGUUCGAGAAAUCAAGGAUGGGAAGAUGGUGGCGACUUUGACUUAUGAAGGAGUCCAGGCCGUGCGCUCCUAUGAGAAAGCCUAAUUCACUUGAAUUAACUGAGCAAAUCAUCCUGCACUGCAAACGAUCAACAAGGUGUUCUCCUUUUAUAAAAAACAUUUUUACAGUAUGCAGUGAUUUGUGCACUUGUAACCUGAGAUAAAUAUUUUGGGAAAUCUUUUGUAAGAUCUUUUGUAAGAAAUUGAGACUGUGAAGGCCCUAAAACUGUUUUUCUGUGUAUCAAAAAAGGGAAAAAUAAACUUGAGCUUGACUAAAACCCUGA